UCCUGGAAACGGGCUGCGGUGGAGCUGCGUGCGGAAGAAGUUUGUAUGGGGCUGCGCCCGCCUUCGUUGUUGUUAUAAGAAGAAGCCGUUACGGAAGCCGCCAGCAUGAAUGUUGGGGUAGCCCACAGUGAGGUGAAUCCCAACACACGAAUUAUGAACAGCCGAGGCAUUUGGCUGGCUUACAGCAUCUCUGUGGCCACUCUUCACAUCAUCCUUCUCAGCAUCCCCUUCUUUAGUGUCCCUGUGGUCUGGACCCUAACCAACGUCAUCCAUAACCUGGCAAUGUAUUGGCUCCUGCACACAGUGAAAGGGACCCCCUUUGAAACACCUGACCAGGGCAAAGAUCGCCUCCUCACACACUGGGAGCAGAUUGAUUAUGGUACACAGUGGACCUCUUCUCGCAAGUUCCUAAGCAUCUCCCCAAUAGUCCUCUACAUCCUGACCAGCUUUUAUACCAAAUAUGACCCUGGGCACUUCAUAAUCAACACCACCUCCCUGCUGAGUGUCCUCCUGCCUAAGCUUCCCCAGUUCCACGGCGUCCGCAUCUUUGGUAUCAAUAAGUACUGAAGCAGGCAGAACCUUGGUACUGCUGAGCCUUAACUGAAGGAGAAAUGGCUCCCAGCUCCAGUAACCUGGUGACAAACCAGCAAUCAUCCUGUCCUGAGAUUGAGCUGUGAAGAGUCUCUUGUAAAUUAAGAGGGGCAGAGAUAUCUUUAGCCGGCCAGAGAAUUGAGCAGUACAGAACUUUUGGGUUCUUUCCUUGCAAGGAGAUUGAGCCAGUCACUUGGUUUUACUCCUGGUGGAAUGAAAAGAUGAACUCUUGGCAGGGCUUGAAAUCUGCAGACCUUCCAUGUAAGACUACUCCUUUGAGCUGUUUGUAAUGGGUGACUGGGGUCAGCUUCUAUGUUAAAUCCUUUCCAUUGUUUUUUUUAUACAUUCCCACUUCAAGCAACCUUGUUUCACUGUGGUUUUU